AUGUACCAAAAAAAACGACCAAUUCACCAUAUCCACAACCGGCAACCAUUUCCACUUGCCGCUUUGUCCGAUCCGCCAUUCUCGUCGGAGCGGGAGCUCUGUCCAAGCUUCAAGCUCGACUUGGAUGACCCGAAUGAUGUCGCCUUUCGAUGCCAAAAUAGGCCAAUCAAGUUGAGGCAGCAGCUCCGGCGAGGAGAAGGCGGAGGCGAAACGAACGAGUCCCUCGGUCAAGGCUCCAUUUGGCUUGUUGGCCAAUCAGCAUCGGCGCUGCGCGUCAACUCGGCGAAAGCGCAAAAUGGCCUCCCAGUUCAUCGAGGGCAUAAGAGAGAGAGAGAGAGAGAUUGA